AUGUCGAUGAACUUCCUGAUUUGGAAUGCUCGGGGUGUUGCCAAUGCUAAUACCCAGAGCAUCAUCAAAAAAAUGGUAAGAGAAAAUAAAAUCUCUGUUUUGGCUAUCAUUGAGCCUCUAACUAAGCCGAGACCGGAGUUCUUCAAUAGGGUCUUUGGGUUGAAUUUUAAGAGGUCUAAUUGCAAUGGGCAGAUUUGGAUUUUUGUGGCAGAAGGCAUAGAAGUGGAUGGAUGGGAGGAUUCUGAGCAAGUCUUACAUGCUCGGUUUAUUUCCCCGAUUUUAUCUGGUCCACUCUUUAUCUCGGUGACUUAUGGCAAAUGCUUUAGGGAAGGAAGGAAGAUGAUGUGGGAUAAACUGCGAGAAAUUGCCUCAAAUCUGGAUGGGGAUCCUUGGCUGGUGGGUGGUGAUUUUAAUAUUUUCGUCUCGGAGGAGGAAAGGCAGGGGAAGGGGAGUGUGAAGAGAAGAACCAGAGAGAUGGCAGAUUUUGCAGAGGCUAUCAAUGACUGCCAGCUUUUAGAUGUGGGAGCGGAUGGGCAUAAAUUCACAUGGGUGAGAGGGGACACGUUUGAAAGGCUGGAUAGAGUCUUAAUUGGUGAAGGGUGGGCAAAGAUGUUUGAAUCUACCAGAGUGACAAACCUCCCCAGAAUUCUUUCAGAUCAUUGUCCUCUCCUGGUAAGGUGUCAAGCUCCGGGUCCUCGAGUUAAGCCUUCCUUCCGAUUUCAAAACAUGUGGGUAAGGCAUAAGUUGUUUCUUAUGGAAGUUGAAAGAUGUUGGAGGGAAGAAACAGGCAUGGAUGGCAUGAUUAAUGUGCAAAUUAAGUUAUGUCGUUUGAAGAGGAGUUUGAGAAUUUGGAAUCGGGUAGUGUUUGGCAAUAUCUUCGAGAAGCUGAAAAAGGCAGAGUUAGAGGCCAAGGAAGCUAUGGAAAGAUAUGAACAGAAUCCCACCUUGUUGCUGAGAUCAGAAUCAAAUAGAUCAGCGGCGGAAUUCCUUGUGGCUCUUAAAAUGGAGGAGGAAUUUUGGCGGUAA